GAUUGAACGUCUGCUCGUUAAUACUCUGGAGAAUUAGUAAUAACAAUGAAGUAUCGUCGCGCUGAACGAAAAAGCAAACUUGACUCCGUUUGAAGCACGCACAGCGACAUCUGACGAUUUGCCGGAAAGUCCUGUACGUGAAUAGUCUACGCGAACGCGAGCGAACGCGGUCUCUCACAAACUGGUGGCCAUCUUGCUCGACGCGACGACGACAACGCUCACGAGUUCAGGCGCUGCCUCUUUUUUUACUCCACCCCGUUUGUGACGUGACGACUGGCGUGCGCCGUGCGCACGUGCCAAAUACAGGGCCGCCGUAAAUAGGGUGCGAAAAAUAUAACGGCUAACCCGAUUUUACUUCAUCUAGAGAAUUUUCGAUAAUCGGAUCCUUUUUCAUAAAUAUGACUAUCAAAUUGACAUAUAUAUGAACGUUUAGGUAAAGAAGGCAAUUAUUUAAAUAUAGUCAGAUAUCACGUAUUUUGAUAAUUACAAACAUGACCACAUUGACGGACACUGACGUUACAUCUUUCUGGAAAAUAAUAUAAAAUACAACAAUGCAACGUGAUCUCUCUGUUUUAUUGUCCACAUUAUUUAUUCUUAUUUUCUUCGAAAUUAUUCUUAUAUUGUUAUGUGCUGUGCUGCAACUUUCGGUUAAACGCGUACCUCUGUGUGACCAAUGGGAACUCUUACUUCCUACCGCGAUUAUUGCCAUCCUUCAGAAUACUUCUUUUUCUUCUUUCAAAUAAAAAUAGAAAACAAGUGUUUCGCACGUAGCAUUUGUAGCGCCAAGUGGACUACCUGACCAUAGUCGACGUUACUCACGUAUACGUCCGAUAUCUCACGGUAUUCUUAAAUUAUGUCUUAUGGACAAGUCUCAAUUUUAUAAUACAUAAUCACUAUUAGUAAGUAAAUAACUACGACAUAAUUCUCUGGCGAGCUAUUGACACUGUUACGAUAUUUAGAGUGGCAAUUCUCAGACUUUCUCUGGCUAUGAUGUAAGAAAAUUUAAUUGUUGCUGCCACAUAAGAAUAUAUAAGUAUUAGGGGUAUAAGAGUAAAUAAUAGUAUAAUUAUUAAAAUACACUGGUCCAAAAGGUAUUACAUUAGAAUAAUUUUUAUUUUCUUUGUGCACUUUAUGGAUUAGAUCUGAUUAGAUCCAUUUUUAGUUAUCUCAAGUAUGUCGAAUUUUUAGUAUCAUGACCCGUAAGUGUGCGUUGUGUAAAGGGACUAAUUACAAGAACAAUUAUAGCUUUUUCUCAGCACCUAAAGAUGCAGAAACGCGUAAAAAAUGGCAAGUUGCUCUUGCUCUUGAAAAUUACACCGUCACGGAUGACACGUAUGUAUGUAGCAAACACUUUAACAAGAAUGAUAUCAUUACGCACUGGAUUAGCGGAGUACCGCCACAAGUAGUCAAAGUCAAGUAUAAGAAAUGUCGUUUACGUCCAGGAGCUGUACCAGGUAGAAAUUCUUAUUCAGUUAGCAAUUCACGGUCAACGGACCAACACGAGAUAAAUAUUAAUGAUUUUUCGAUAUUCAAGAAGGAGCAAACUUUAGAGAAAAAUAAAACUUUGUUGAUAAAAAGAUCUAAACGGAAGACUCUGAACGAUGAUAAAUAUGUAGUCAAUAGAAAUACCAAUACGUAUUAUCAGACUUAUUCCAAAUUACAAAGUUACGCAUACAACGGUGAGGGUGAAGAAAGUUGUGAUUUUAAUAAUGUUGAAUUAACUAACACUAAAGGUACGAAUAAGAGAGAUGCAGACGCUACUUGUAAUUUAAAAUUCGAGGAUUCAGAGUCCGAGAAGAAAAAGUUGGAUAAGAUACUCGAGUGUGACAAUAGCCCUAAUUUCGAUGUUUUAAUGACCGAGUCUGUAGACAGUGUGGACACAGAUAAAGAGAAAAAAGAGAACGUUCAGAUAUCUAACGAGUCGUGCAGUAACGUUCCGAGAUACGCCUCGUACGCCUCUUCCGAAAACAACGAAACAUUGGUUAAAACGUGCAAACAUGAUGUUUCCAAUAUGCAGGAUACGUCGGUAUAUGAUAAAGGCUGUGAAACUAACAUGUUAUUUGAAGAUUUUCUUGAAGUGUGUACAGAAUUAUCUAUACCGCAUGGUUGGUCCUGCUUGAUAACGUCAAAAGGACACGAUACAACAGUGGUAUAUCUUUAUAUGAAUAUUACCAAGAAUGGAUUGCCUUUUGUAGAGAAACAAAUUUUUAUAAGAAGUGAUAUGGUAUUACAUUAUUCUGUAGCAAACACGGAAAUUGAUCCACUUGUGCACAAUCUUAUAAAGGAGAGAAAACACAAUAAAAUCAGAAGCUUAUUGGAUGUAGAAAUACUAAUCGCUGAAUUUGAUCAACGAGCUGUUUGCCAAGGUAUAUGUGAUUCGAGAGACUACAAAAGUGUCGAUGCGAUUAAAGUUCUUUACAUGGAUGGAGUCAAAUGGCGACAUAUCUCGUGUCCAUUGAUUCUUAAUAACGAUAACUCCAGAUGUACAAGAUGCGCUACUUUGUCGCGUUUCUUACUAUUAACCAAAUUUUGAGAGCUAUUUCUCGUAUGAUAGUCUCAUUGAAUUUAAGAAGAAUCAAAACUAAUAAAAGAUCAACGUUGAUAUAUAAAUGC